AACCAGCAGACAUCAUAUCACCAAACUUAUUCUCUGUAGUUGUUCAUCUAGCUUUGUCUGAUCCCUUUUUCGCAACCCCAUUUCGUUCUUGAAGUCCUCUUUAGUUCGAUCUCGCGCGGAUCGUAUUGGUUCCCGGGCUAAAUUCAAUGGAAAAUCCUCUGCAACUCAAGUCGCUGAAUCACAUCUCGGUGGUGUGCCGGUCGCUGGAGAGAUCGAUCGGUUUCUACAAGGACGUCCUCGGGUUCGUCCCUGUCCGGCGACCCGGUUCCUUCGAUUUCGAGGGCGCAUGGCUGUUCAACUAUGGGAUCGGGAUCCACCUGCUUCAAACCGAAGACCCUCAUCAACUGCCCACCGUUGGUGGAAUCAAUCCCAAGGACAACCACAUUUCUUUUCAGUGUGAGAGCGUGGCGACGGUGGAGAAGAAGCUAGAGGAGAUGGGGAUAGAGUACGUGAAGAGAAAGGUAGAGGAAGGCGGGAUCGACGUCGAUCAGAUCUUCUUCCACGAUCCCGACGGGUCAAUGAUCGAGAUUUGCAACUGUGACAACCUCCCCGUCGUCGCCCUCGAUGGCGGCGCUCCAGUUCUCCAGUGUUCCCGCAUCAAUUGCAAUCUCGAGCACCAACUUCCGCAGCCGCAGCGUGUGACACUAUGAAAUUGGGUCUCUUUUUACAAUAAUCAAAACACAAGAAAGGACCGCGUGAAUGGCUCAAGAAAAUUUUCAGAUUCCUUCUUUGUUAUUCUCAUUUCCAUUGUUUUUUGUGCGUAUAAAAUUGGGUAAGUUGGAUUCUAAUCA